AUGGACGCGUCACGCAAUAGCCGAGACAUGCGCGCUGAAAAACGUUCGAAGAUGCGAGAGAGUUUGAAUUCAGCAUUCAACGAUCCACUGCAACAGUUUCACACACCAUUAGCAAUCCGAAACAUCAGUGAGUCUAUCGACAAUAACUCUGCAGAGCUCGAAGGCCGAAUUCGAAAGAUUUCGGACUCCUCGGACGAGCCUCUUGGUGAAGAACCAAAAACAACAUCUUUCUAUAUCGACGAACGGCAAGCACUGGUUGAAGAUCUGGACAACCAUCGUCGGGAAGCCCGCAGAGUCGCCCGCGAAGCCCUUGCGGCACUAUCACCAGGCAGCAAAAAAAAUGAGCUCAAGAGAGCUUUGAAAGAGCUUGACGAUACAGACAGCAUUAUCUUGAGAGAGAGGACUGCGUUAGCUGCCGACCGAAUGCGUGUUGAGUAUAGUAUGCUCAGUCGCCCAGGCAGUGUCAAAAUUGGCGAAGCAUAUAUGAUGGCGAUUACCGACAAUCUGCUCGAACCCGCAGGUUCAUCGUACAGAAAGAAGCACCAAAGGUCAGGGGCCGAUCAAACCUCAUUCAAAAAUAGGCUUCUCAAAGCCUACAACCCCGAAGGUUCUAAGCUACUUACAGAGUCUCAAGGAUCCAAACUAAUUUGGUGUCCUGUUUCCGGGAAGGAAUUUGGAAUGAAGCUCUUGACUGCAGCUCAUAUUAUUCCUUACUCCAUUGGCGAGACGAACGCAGCAUACCUAUUCGGAGUCAAGCCGCACGAAGGGUCUAGGAUUAUUUGGUCAGAGAAAAAUGGUCUCAUGAUGAACGAAGACCUAGAGAAGAUAUUCGACGAUGGACGAAUGGUUAUCAUGCCCGACCCAACGGACGACAAUGAGUUCAUCAGUAUUAUCCUAUGUCAAGAUCUGAAGAAGGUUCAUUGUUGGGCGAUCGAUGCGCCGUACGGCGCUCUCCAUAGGCGACGGCUUGAGUUUCGGACGCCCGCACGGCCCGGAAAAGGAUUCCUCUAUGUGCACGCAUUACUUACGCUAUUUCGCCGGCGUCGAUACAAUGUGCCUGGAUGGGAGAAGGACCGAGCAGAAGUAUUUCAUGGUCAAAUAUGGGCAACACCAAAAAAAUGGGCUCGUAAGAGUAUGAUCGAAGUCCUGGCUUUGGAAGUCGGAGAUAGUUGGGAAGGUAUAAAGGAAGUGGAGGCGGGCCUUGGAAACUUUCCUAAUGCAGCGCCACCUGAGGAGGAGAAGAGGAUGGCUCAGUGGAUAAAGUAUGCGUUGGAGGCUCGAGCCAGUCAUGUCGACAAGGACGAUGAAGAUGGGCUUGAAGAUGAUGAUGAAGAUGAUGAAUGA